GCCUUCCUUGCUUCCCUACAAGAUGCUCCCAGGGACUCAUAAACACACAUGGAGGCUACGUUUCCUCAUUUAGACCAGCAAACAUUCAUGUUGUUGGACUACUGCUGUCGUUGCUGUGGAGUCACGCUCAUAAAACGCCAUGGACCCUUCUCCCUCAAGACUACACCCAGUGACACCUGGGUUGUUCUGCAGAAUCUGCUAAUGUGCAUGGUGUGCUUCUACUCUCUCUACUACAUUGUGGUCAGCCUUUGCAUUGGACUCUUCAGGGUUCACGAGAUCAACAGUUUAUUAACGCCAUUUGACUACACGACGCAACCAUCAUGGCAGAACCCCAAAUACUUGGUUGGGGUCAUUUCCACAGAAGUUACUUAUGUUUUAGGAGGACUGGUGUUUGCGUGGAUUGUGGAGGAGUGGGUCUGGGAUUACGCAAUAACUGUCACACUGCUGCACGUUGGGAUGACUGUAGCAGUGAUGUCAGAUUUCCCUUCUGCUGAGCAUUGGUGGAUCGCUCUGGGUUCGGGCCUGGUCAUGAUGAUAUUCGGAGGACAGCUCCUGGCCUACAAACUCUUCAGGAACAACUUUGUCUAUCCUGCUGAACUGCAGAACUUCUAACAAAAACAAGGAAAGCUUUUAACUGGCUUAAUGGGUAAUCCCAGGUCAGAAGUGUGCCAGUCAGUUCUCGUUCCGUUUCACUGUUUAGUCCAUGUUUAUAAUGGUGUAACAAAGUAAAGCCUUUCAGAUAAGAACAUAAAAGAAAACAUACAUGUAUAUUGUUUGUACUUCAUAACAUGGAUUAGGCAGUAGGCUGCUCCGAACUGUUAGAAUGGCUUCACUUUGCCUAUUGAACGCCACUUUUUUACUCAUUAAAGAUAUUAUUUUGUAUUGUUUAUUUUCAAACAUCUUUCAAUAAGCCAACUUUGAAAGAACCAGGUGAUAUUUUAUAGCUGGAACAUUUGUACGGUUAUAUAAAUCUAUUGAUAAUUAUUUGCUAAUGUAUAUAUCUGACAUUGCUGUACUUAGGAAUAUAACUCAUAUCAGACUUACAUUUUGUAAUAAAAUAUCAGGUACAUAAA